GUUUCAUUGUGUCGGCAGGGUCUAAUGCUACCGCCUCCUUUGGCCAGGCCUCUCCCUAGUGCAGGCAUCACAUACAGAUCAUAUAAACCGGCAAUCUCUUCUCCGGGAAGACAUCCCAUACCCAACGCUCACAUCUUCCACUCAAUCUACUCAUCUCAAACCCCACCAAACUCUCCUCGCAUUAUAAUUGUGUAAACUCAUAGUUGUAUCUAUCUAGUCCGGGCAAAAUAGUAAUUCCUAAGUUCACCAUAACUCAGUCUCUAGCUUUUUUCUUUUUCAAGUUUUUUAACAACCGAAUUACCGUGACAUAUAAAGUGAGGAAGACAAUUUUACAACGAUGCAUCUCUUCAUGAAAUCAAUUGUUCUCGCUUUUCUCGCAAGCGCUCUCGGACCAAUCGAAGUAUCCGCCACGUGUUCGGGACAGAAUUCGCAGACAUUCUGCUCUACGCGUUCCGAUGGUGACAUAUUCAAGGCUUCAUGCAAACUGCGUAAACCAAACAAAAAAGGAGCAUGUGACCCAUUGGUUCCAGGGCAAUUGGGAGGGUUCAAGGUUUGCUGCACCCCCUAUGUUUGGCCGGACGAGCAAGGAAACAUGAUUUGCGACGUUGUUGCCAGCGAUUGUAUCAGAGACAGAUCUUAGUAAUUGAAGUAAGGCUUAGAGUAGCAUAUUCCACUUCUUCAAAAUCAUGAGCAGUUUAAAUUUGUAAAUAAAUGGUUCUCAUAUCUCCGAAAACAAGACUAAUUAGAUUGAGUAACAUUCAGUCUUGAAAAAGGAGGCCAAUGCACUAAGCAUGAUACAAAAUUUAUCCAGUAACUUGUGACAUUCCCCCGAGGGCGAAAAAAAAUUGCGAGUCGCAACUGCUGAAGGUUAGAAGGUCAAGAUAUAUAUGAACCUUAUGAAACGGUCGAAAGAGUCAUGCACGCAGAUGAUGAUGCCGGUUGUAAGAUAAACUGAAAGAGUGGUCAGCAUCAGGGACAGGAUGGGAUAAACUGAGGAUUUUUUUUUUCAGAAAAACAGGCCAAAAACUAGCGAUAACAAGGAAAGAAAACUUAGAGAUUGGAAAAUAAAAGGCGUGAUAGAUAUUUUGAGGAUGUGGAUUUCUUUCUGUUUAUUCGGCAUGCUCACCGCGCAUUGGUAUGAUCUUG